CGCCCACAAUUUGAUGAUUCAGCAACCUCGACCACCCUCAACUCUCUUGUCCGCUUUCCAUGUUAGGUAGCCCUUGUAAUAUAAAUACUACAUUGAUCUUCCCAUGAAAAUCCCUCCAUUAAUUUUUUUUUUUUCUCUCUACAAAAUUAGCAACUAAAGUUAUAGUCUUUCUAAAAUGUUAGCUAUUUUUCACAAGGCUUUUGCUCACCCACCUGAAGAGCUUAACAGUCCUGCAUCUUACAAUGGUACAAAGAAGCCUAAGGUUCCUGAGGAAACUCUAAGAGAAUUUCUUUCCCAUCAUCCUCAUAACACUUUUUCUUUGAGUUUUGGUCAUGCUGCUGUUCUGGCUUAUGUUCGCCCUGAUCAACCUUUCUCUGUUCAUCAAAGGUUGUUUUGUGGGCUUGAUGACAUAUAUUGCCUCUUUUUGGGUAGCUUGAACAACCUGUGUUCACUCAAAAAGCAGUAUGGUUUGUCAAGGGGUACCAAUGAAGCCAUGUUUGUGAUUGAAGCUUAUAAGACACUUCGUGACCGUGGUCCCUACCCAGCAGAUCAAGUUGUGAAGGAUCUUGAUGGUAGCUUUGCCUUUGUUGUCUAUGACAGCAAGGUUGGCAGUGUCUUUGCAGCACUGGGUUCUGAUGGUGGAGUGAAACUCUAUUGGGGUAUUGCAGCUGAUGGAUCUGUGGUAAUAUCUGAUGAUCUAGAUGUUAUAAAAGAGGGCUGUGCCAAAUCCUUUGCUCCCUUCCCAACAGGGUGUAUGUUUCACAGUGAAGGAGGUUUAAUGAGCUUUGAGCAUCCAAUGAACAAGUUGAAGGCAAUGCCUAGAAUAGACAGUGAAGGGACCAUGUGUGGGGCCAACUUCAAAGUUGAUAAGUAUGCAAGGGUCAACAGUAUACCUCGAGUUGGUAGUCAAGCUAAUUGGAUGGAAUGGGACCAACAUUAACUUAAAAUUUGAAAUGUAAAGAAACGUUUUAUGGUUGUGUGUUUGUUUAACUUUUCACCUGUAUCGUUUUUCAUGUUCCCUUAUGAAUAAAGUGGUAUGAUAUUGGAGUGCAACAUGGUGCCAUUUAUUUGUACUUGUUAGGUGGCAGCGCCACGUUGAAUAACGCUAGGUGUCACUCCAUAAAGUGUGACAUAUCACACAUACAAUCAGAAAUUAAAAUAUAUAUAUAU